CUUUUGUUGUGUUUUAUUAAUAAUAAAUGUCCCCUACUCGAGAACAUUCUGUGGAAACUAUUCGUAGAAAUAGUGAAGUGAUGGGCAACCUUCGCAAGUUGAUGGUUGUAAACCGUGGCGAAAUUGCUUUAAGAGUGUUUCGUACAGCUCAUGAACUUUCAAUGAGAUCUGUUGCUAUCUUUUCUCAUGAAGACAGACUAUCCAUGCAUCGUUAUAAGGCUGAUGAAUCAUAUCAAAUUGGUGAAAUAGGUCAGUUCACUCCUGUAGGUGCUUAUUUAGCUCAAGAUGAAAUUGUUCGAAUUGCAAAAGAACGUGGUGUAUCCAUGAUUCAUCCAGGUUACGGCUUUUUAUCCGAAAAUGCUGAAUUUGCACGCAAAGUAGAAGCUGCUGGAAUUACCUUUAUUGGUCCUACACCUAAUGUGAUUGAAAGUUUGGGUGAUAAAACUAAAGCAAGAGAUAUUGCUAUGCAAUGUCAAGUUCCUGUUGUUCCAGGUACACCAGGUCCUGUUAGUGAAUUUAAACAAGCCAGAGAAUUUAUCAAGGAACAUGGAUUCCCAAUCAUCAUUAAAGCUGCUAUGGGUGGUGGUGGUCGAGGUAUGCGUGUAGUUCGUGAUGAAGCUUCACUUGAAGAUGCCUUUCAAAGAGCCAAGUCAGAGGCACUCUCUGCCUUUGGAGAUGGUACGGUCUUUAUUGAACGAUUCUUGGAUAAACCUCGUCAUAUUGAAGUCCAAUUGUUGGCUGAUCGAGCUGGUAAUGUAGUUCAUCUCUUUGAACGUGAUUGCUCUGUUCAACGUCGUCAUCAAAAGGUAGUUGAGAUUGCACCUGCUAAAAACUUGGAUUCAAAAGUGCGUGAAGCGAUUUUGAAUGAUGCUAUCAAGAUUGCAAGGGCCGUCAAGUAUAAGAAUGCGGGUACAGCCGAAUUCUUGGUAGAUAAUCAAAACCGACACUAUUUCAUUGAAAUUAACCCUCGUAUUCAAGUUGAACAUACAAUCACAGAAGAAAUCACGGGUAUCGAUAUCGUUGCCGCACAAAUACAGAUCGCCGCUGGUGCUCUCCUGCCCCAGUUGGGUCUCACUCAACAACGUAUUCGUCAACGUGGUUUUGCCAUUCAAUGUCGUGUCACGACCGAAGACCCCGAGAAGGGAUUCCAACCUGAUACAGGUAAGAUUGAAGUCUAUCGUUCCUCGGGUGGUAAUGGUGUUCGUCUCGAUGGCGGUGCUGGCUAUGCAGGUGCUAUCAUCACACCCUUUUAUGAUUCCCUUUUAGUCAAAGUGACCUGUUCAGGCUCUACCUAUGAAGUCGCUCGUCGUAAGAUCGUCCGUGCUCUCGUUGAAUUCCGUAUUCGUGGUGUCAAGACCAAUAUCCCCUUCUUGCAACGUCUCUUGACCCACGAUACCUUUAUGAAUGGUAACUGUUGGACGACCUUUAUUGAUGAUACACCCGAUUUGUUUAGAUUGGUUCAAUUCCAGAAUCGUGCACAACGUAUGUUGGGUUAUUUAGGUGAUGUGGUUGUGAAUGGUUCCCAAAUUAAGGGUCAGGUUGGGGAACCUAGUUUUAAGACCGAGAUCCAAGUUCCUGUAUUGUAUGAAAGAGGUUCUGCUGAUAAUAAGGUACUCGAUGUCUCUGUCCUACCUACUGAAGGGUGGCGCAAGAUUUUGGUGGAACAAGGCCCCGAGGCAUUUGCUAAAGCUGUACGUGCUUAUCCCGGUGUUCUGGUUACUGAUACAACUUGGAGAGAUGCACAUCAGAGUCUUUUAGCUACUCGUGUUAGAACUAUUGAUCUUCUUCGUAUUGCUCCUACCACAGCACAUGCAUUUGCUAAUGCUUUCUCACUCGAGUGCUGGGGCGGUGCUACCUUUGAUGUUGCCAUGCGAUUCUUACACGAAGACCCCUGGGAUCGUCUCGCAGCGCUUCGUAAAUUAGUACCUAAUAUUCCCUUCCAGAUGCUCUUAAGAGGAGCUAAUGCAGUCGGUUAUACCUCAUAUCCAGAUAAUGUCGUCUAUGAAUUCUGUGACAAGGCGGUCAAGUGUGGUAUGGAUAUCUUCCGUAUCUUUGAUUCACUUAAUUAUGUUGAGAACAUGAAAUUGGGUAUUGAUGCCGUCAAGAAAGCAGGAGGUGUGGUUGAGGCCACGAUUUGUUACACAGGGGAUGUAUCAGAUCCUAAUAAGCGCAAGUACAAUUUGAAAUAUUAUCUUGAUUUAGCACAACAGUUAGUCAAUGAGGGUAUUCAUAUCUUGGGUAUUAAGGACAUGGCAGGAUUGUUAAAGCCUAAGGCCGCCACAUUAUUAGUGAGUGUCCUACGUAAGAGAUUCCCCGAGUUACCCAUUCAUGUUCAUACCCAUGAUACAGCCGGUACAGGUGUAGCGUCCAUGAUGGCCGCAGCUGAGGCAGGUGCAGAUAUUGUCGAUGUCGCUGUCGAUGCCAUGUCCGGUAUGACCUCUCAACCUGCUAUGGGGGCCAUUGUGGCCGGCUUUGAACAGACCAACCUUGGAACUGGAAUCCGUAUGGAAAAUGUACAUGCCAUCAACUCUUAUUGGGAACAAGCCCGUUUAUUGUACUCUUGCUUUGAGGCCAAUGUGAGAUCGACAGAUUCUGGUGUCUAUGACCAUGAGAUGCCCGGUGGACAAUACACGAACUUGAUGUUCCAAGCACAACAGUUAGGAUUGGGUACACAAUGGAAUGCAAUCAAAAGGGCUUACACAGAGGCCAAUAAGUUAUGUGGUGACGUCGUCAAGGUCACUCCUUCCUCCAAGGUCGUGGGUGAUUUAGCUCAAUUUAUGGUCUCAAAUAGUCUAUCAGGCAAAGAUGUAGAGGAGAGGGCCUCUACUCUAUCUUUCCCAACCUCGGUUGUGGAAUUCUUCCAAGGUUAUCUGGGUCAACCCGUAGGUGGCUUCCCCGAGCCCUUAAGAUCUCAUAUCAUUCGUGACUUACCUCGUAUCGAUGGUAGACCUGGUGCCACCCUCCCGCCACUUGAUAUGGCUAAGCUCAAACAAGAAUUGACUGAAAAAUAUGGUAGCAGUAUUCGUGAUUACGAUGUUAUCUCUGCAGCACUCUAUCCCAAGGUCUUUGCUGAAUACCGUGAUAUGGUCAAUCAAUAUGGUGAUCUCUCCGUUUUACCUACACGCUACUUUUUAUGCAAACCAGAGAUUAACGAAGAAUUCCAUGUAGAGAUCGAGGAAGGUAAGACAUUGAUUAUCAAGUUGUUGGCCGUUGGUCCCUUGAACAAUAAUGGUAAGCGAGAUGUCUAUUUCGAAUUAAAUGGUGAAGCACGUGUGGUUGGUAUCGUGGAUCGAAACUCGGCUGUUGAGGUUGUAUCAAGAGAAAAGGCAAAUGCAUCCAAUCCAGGAGACAUUGGGGCUCCCAUGUCUGGUGUAGUUGUUGAGGUAAGAGCUAAAGAAGGAGCUCAUGUAAAGGCUGGUGAUCCCAUUGCCGUAUUAUCAGCAAUGAAGAUGGAGACUGUCGUUACUUCUCCUGUUGCUGGUAAAGUAGAACGUGUUGCUGUCCAAGAAGGUGACUCAUUAAGUUCUGGUGAUUUAGUAGCUAAGAUUGUUAAAGAAGAUGUUUAAAAAAAGAAAACAAAACAAAAGAAAAGGAUAUUUAUUUUUUAUAUCAUAAGGGAAAAAAAAAAAAGAAGAUUUUUUUUUCUAUUGUGUACACUUGUCUUUUUAUCUAUAUAAACUUAUACAUACUUUUACUAUUUUUAACAAAUACAUGUUGCGUCGUUUUAUAAAUAAAUAUAUACACAUAUAUGCAUUUGUA